GCAAAGCCGCGAGACACAAUCUAAAUCGCUUGCAGGCGUCGGACGCAAGCCUUCAGUCAUCUGCAUGAUCUAACAUACGAGAUACAUUACAGCCAAGGCACCUUUGGGAGCUUGUUCGCGUCGAGCCUGUCUCCCGACUCCGACACGACAGCGUCACCAAGUCCGCAACAUCAGGUACGCCAUCUCGAACGCGUCAAAACAGUGAUCGCGAUCAGUGAUUUGAAUUAUUGGAAACGAUAAACACGAGCUAUAGCGUCUGCUGACGCCGAAAGUGAACCUCACGCCAACGAAGCCUUGUACCUCGAACACGCGACGACGAGGCGGGAGGAUUACAUUGAUGAACCAGACACGGCCGCGAGCAGCGGCCCUGACAAUCUUUAAAAGAGGCUGAACGAGUGGCAUCACACAAGCGCACACACGCUGGAUUACUUCGCGUCCAAACUGGCGGCCGUAGCGUCCUAUGCCAUGGGCUCCAGCCCUGGCGCCAACAUCAUGACUGGUCACCAGCACCAGCAUCAUGUUCCCGCUUUUGACGCCAGCAGUGAUGCUGACGCCGAAGGCGAGUAUGAUGACGAAGUGGACUUGCAACGGGCUAUGGCCGCUGCUGGAAGGAGCACGCAAACACCAGCGGAACCGGAAGGUUCUGACGCAGAUGCAGAGGGCUCUGAGGAUGAGGCCAUACCGACAUUAGGCAUGAGAUUUGCAGCGUCCCGCAAGAUUGAAGAGUUAGAAGAAUCAGAGGUGGAGAAAGAGCCGGAUGCACCCAUGGAAAGCGAAUCUGAGGCCCGUGACAAUGGCGAAAGCGAGGAUGAUGCACCAGAAGCAAGUUCCGAAAGUGAACCUGAGAACGAGUGGGAGGGCGGAAGCGACACUGCGGAGGAGAACGAGGCUGAAACAGGCGAGCGCAACAACUGCAUUUUCUGCGGACAGGAUGAAGACAACGAUCCAAAUCCAGAAUUCGAAGAAUGUUUAUCGUGCAUAGCUUGUGGUGGCAAUGGUAAGUUUUGUAGAUGUGUAGAAAAGGAAGGAUCACGAAUUUAUGGUUUUCUGCGAGGGUGAACAUGCUGAUCACGUUACUGGACAGCUCAUCGGCAAUGCGCGCGCGACGCUAACUACCUGGGUUCCGAUUCUGAAGCCGAAAAGUGGCUCUGCAAGAAUUGUGUUGAUAAUGGACGGGCAGCGGACGCAAACAAAGACAGCGCGGACAACCGCAUGCAGGCCAUUGCCCCAAAAGUUCUAAAAGACCUCUUUCCUGGGGGCCGUGGUGUGAGACCAAAUUCGCAUUCUGUAUUUAAAAAGUUGAUUCUGGAUGACGAUCCGAUGGAUGGCUCCCGCUCGCUGCGCAAAAGAAAGUCGACCGAGGAAGUCGAAGUGCGGCCCAUGCGCAAGAGGAGACGGCCGUCUGAAGCGGCAUCUGCGUCUGCUAGACAGGACCGUUCCAUGUCUGCGGUGAGCCACCCAUCCCCGACGGCAGUGCGUGCCAUGAGUGAGGGGCCCGUGUUGAACGGACACGACGGGGCUUUGGACGAUGGAGACGAAGAAUCAGUGCGUAGAUCAGCACGCUCACGCCGUCCACGGAAGGCCGACAAAGCACUUUGCAGCAUAGUGAGCAAUGAGGGCAUCAGCCUCAUUGUGUCUUUCAAUCUCAACCGCAUGAAGAUGCAAAAAAUUCUCUCCACGCGCCCCCGCAAGAAUCGACAGCGCGAGAAGGAACGUCGCAAAAAGAUUCCUCCGCCGCUUUUACCAGAGCAGGAGAUCUCUCAUUAUCCGGGUAUAGACCCAGGGUUUACGAGACAGCUGUAUGCGGCGGCUGAGCGCGAACAGGAGGAUGACGAAAAGAAAAACAAAAAACCCUAUGGCGGUAUCCUCACGGAGGCGGAAGCAAAUACCGAGAAAACUUUUCCGCAGGAGGUGGACAGGAAACGCUUCGAGGAAGCUCGUCUGAAGGCCGAGGAGGACUGGAAGAAGCUCCAGGCUGAGAUCAACGCAAACCUGGAAGCCUCGCGACCGCAACAGAAAUCGUCGGGCCAGCCGAGCAAGAUCAAGUGCAUAAACUUCGGGGGCUACGAAAUUGACACGUGGAAUGCCGCGCCGUAUCCUGAAGAGUACAGCAGGAAUCGAUUGCUUUAUAUUUGCGAGUUCUGCCUCAAGUAUAUGAACUCUGAUUUUGUAGCGUGGAGGCACAAGCUCAAAUGUCCGCAAAAGCAUCCCCCUGGGGACGAGAUUUACCGAGACGGCAAGUACUCCUUCUUCGAGGUCGACGGUCGCAAAAAUCCAGUCUACUGCCAGAAUCUAUGCUUAAUGGCUAAAUUGUUUCUCGGCUCGAAGACUCUGUACUACGACGUCGAGCCUUUCCUCUUCUACAUCAUGACCGAAAACGACGAGUUCGGCUGCCACUUUGUCGGAUACUUCUCAAAGGAGAAGCGGCCCUCCAGCAUGAACAACGUCUCAUGCAUAUUGGUUAUGCCUAUUUACCAGCGGCGGGGUUUCGGCCACAUGCUCAUUGACUUCUCGUACCUGCUUACCAAACGCGAGAAGAAGAUGGGAAGUCCGGAAAAGCCGCUUUCAGACAUGGGUCUUGUGUCAUAUCGGGGCUAUUGGAGACUUACGCUGAGCGAGCUGCUGAGAUCGCACACCGGUCCGAUCAGCAUUAGCCAGAUAUCGGAACGCACAGGCAUGACGCCAGACGACAUCGUGUCUGCAUUGGAAGGACUCCGAGCGCUCGUUCGGGAUCCGGUCACGAAAACAUAUGCGCUGAGAGUCGACCAUGCCUACUGCAACGAGUACGUUGAGAAACACGCCAAGAAGAAUUACCCGAAGAUCAACCCUGAGGCCUUGAUCUGGACACCGUACGUCAUGAAUAGGGGACUCACUCAGCACUACGAGGAUGGUCCUGCUUUGCAUACUGUUGCGCCGCGGGAAGAGGAAGAGGAAGGUGAUGAUGAUAACGUAGCCAAGACAGUGGAUGAAAACGCGCCUCCCAUAAAAGACGAGGAGGAGGGAAAGACUACGGGCGUCACGCUCACGAAUGAGGUGAGCCCAAGAGCAUCACAUUCGCCGUCCAAAGCAGCUACGCCACGUGCAGGCAACGGCUCUUGGAAUAAUGGCUCGAUCAGUACGACGAACAUUCCACCAUCACGCUACGAGAUCUUUCCUCCGAUUCCUGGCCUUAACGGCAGGAGGAGACCGGGUCGACCAUUUGGCAGCAGAACGAGGACUAGAAUCCAGUACGUGCCAUCCGCGUCGCCAACUCGACGUGAGAUGCAGAGGAAUUCACUCGCCAGCGGCAGUCCAUCCUGGGGUCUUCGCAGGAUGAGAAGCAUGCUGGGGGAGGAACUCACGAAUGGAGUCGACGAAAGUGGUCAAGACCGCGAAGAGGAUGAGAAGGAGCCGACAAAUGCGGAUGCAGAUGCAGAGGAGGACGAAGAUCACGAGAUGAUGGAUGCAGACGAUGCCGAGGACGACGAGGACGCCGCUGCGGAUGCAGAAGCUGACGAGGAUGAGCAGGACCUGGACGCAGAUGUUGAACCGGAAGAUACAGAAGGCGAUGAGGAUGAAGAUGUCGAGGAAAGCGACGAAGACGAAGAUGCCGAGGGCAGCAUCGACGAGGACGCGAACUACGAGGAGGACGCCGAUGGGUCUGUGGCCGAACCGGAGCUAGACGAUUCGGACGAGGACGCCUCGGGGGAAGAGGACUGAUUGAUUCGAUACCCUUCAUUUCCUGUUCUGAUCUCAUUUUCGAGGCAUGAAUUGAUGCGAUCGAGCUUUUGACAGCCAAGCUCCUUCGGCGUCGUUAACGUGCGACUCGGAUGCAUUUCCAGUCGCUCUGCAUUGCAGAAAGCCACCGUUUCGUUCUAAAAACUCGCUUCGUGGCAGUUGCUGCAGAUGCUAUUGGAAGCUUGGCAAAUGGGCAUGCAGCAGCCCCAAAAGGGGGCGAGCAAAGAUCGUUUCUUGGUCGGCGAAAGAGCAUCUGGAACUUUUACUCGGACGUCUCGGGUGUUGGUAGCGAAUUUUGCGCUGUCCGAGCAGGCGCGCUUUGGGGGUUGGUGCUUCGAUUUUGAGUUGUCCCAACUUUUGGACUUUGGGCGCUUGCAGAAUGAAGCAGAAGCUUGCAUUCCACCGCGACGGAGUGCAAAUCAGGUACGUGUAUCGCAGAAAGGCAGACGGAGACAAAGAGCGUAUUUUUCUUCUUACACAAUCCAUGAUUCAAACCUG